AUGUCAAAGUCGACUUCAGAACCAUUUUUUCCCAUAGACGAUUUGACCAAGCAUCAAUCGCAAAAUUACCUAGCCAAUAUUAUACGUUUAGAAAUCAAUCGACAUGUUAACAGUGAUAAGAAAAGUGACCAGGCGUUCUACGUGGUAGACUUGGAGAACAUGGUUCAAAAGCAAGCCAGCUGGCUACGUUCAAUACCACGGGUUAAACCGUAUUACGCUGUCAAGUGUAACCCAACCCCAAUUGUGCUCGAGCUUCUGGCAACCCUCGGGUGCGGUUUUGAUUGCGCCUCAAAGGGUGAAAUUGAUCAAGUGCUAGGUAUAGGUGUGGCGCCCCAUCGCAUCAUAUACGCCAACCCAUGCAAAGCGAGUUUGUUCAUAAGGCACGCCCGGGCGGUAGGAGUCCGGUACAUGACCUUUGACAACGAGUAUGAGUUAGACAAAAUCCAGCGCUUAUACCCCGAGGCACUUAUGGUCAUACGGAUUAAAGUGAACGACAGUUACGCCCGGUGUCCGUUGGGCAGUAAAUUUGGCGCCCAUCUAGAUCAAGUGCCCGGUUUGUUGCUCAAAGCUAAGGAGUUGGGCGUACAGGUGGUUGGCUGUAGUUUUCAUGUGGGCAGUGGGUGUAUGAGCGCACAGGCCUAUUCGCAGGCCAUAGCCAGCGCCAGGAGUGUGUUUGACACGGGACUGGCCCUGAGAUUUAAAAUGACUUAUUUAGAUAUUGGUGGCGGUUUUCCCGGAUCACCCGAAGCAACCGAGGUCAGUUUUGAUGAACUUGCGCAGGCUGUUAACGAGGCAUUGGAUUUGCAUUUCCCGGCACUUGACUUAAAUGGCAACUCAACCAAUUUGACCAUCAUCUCUGAAUUAGGCAGAUAUUAUGUGGCCUCGGCUUUCACACUAGCCACCAGUGUAAUUGCUAAACAAAUUGAUGAGUAUCAAACUGAGCAAGGGUCUCGCACAGAAAUGACAUACUAUUUAAACGAGGGUGUAUACGGGUCGUUCAUUUGCACCCGGUUCGAUCACGUGGUACCAAAACCUGUAUUGAUAAACGCGCAUGUAAAUCAACCAAUGUAUUUAUCCCACCUCGCUGGACCAACGUGUGAUCGUAUGGACUUAAUCAGACGCAAUGUUAUUUUGCCUGAAAUGACCGUGGGCGAUUGGAUGUACAUGGUGAAUAUGGGCGCGUAUACAGUGUCAGUUGUAACCGGGUAUUGCGGAUUCUCUGUGCCACGACUUGUGUAUAACGUGUCGGCCCGGACCCGGCAAAUGUUGACAAGUUUACCAGGCUGGAAGCAAAUUAAUAGAAAUGUUUCCGGCGAUGAAGAGAGUGACCAGACGUUCUACGUGGUAAACUUAGAGGACAUGGUGCAAAAGCACGCCAUUUGGCUGCGCUCAAUACCACGGGUUGAGCCAUAUUACGCGGUCAAAUGUAACCCAACCCCAAUUGUGCUCGAGCUUCUGGCAACCCUCGGGUGCGGUUUUGAUUGCGCCUCAAAGGGUGAAAUUGAUCAAGUGCUAGGUAUAGGUGUGACGCCCGAUCGCAUCAUAUACGCCAACCCAUGCAAAGCGAGUUCGUUUAUAAGGCACGCUCGAACGGUAGGUGUCCGGUACAUGACCUUUGACAACGAGUAUGAGUUAGACAAAGUCCAGCGCCUAUACCCCGAGGCACUUAUGGUCAUAAGAAUUAAGGUGGAAGACAGUUACGCCCGGUGCCCGUUGGGCAGUAAAUUUGGGGCCGAUUUAAAUCAAGUGCCCGGCCUGUUGCUCAAGGCGAGGGAGUUGGGCGUACAGGUGGUUGGCUGUAGUUUCCAUGUGGGCAGUGGGUGUAUGAGCGCACAGGCCUAUUCGCUGGCCAUAGCCAGCGCCAGGAUUGUGUUUGACACGGGACUGGCACUCGGAUUUGAUAUGAUUUAUUUAGAUAUUGGUGGUGGUUUUCCCGGAUCGCAUGGUGAUAAUGAUGUAAGUUUUGAUGAACUGGCACAUGCUGUUAACGAAGCACUGGAUCGUUAUUUCCCGGCUAUUGAUUUAGAUGGCAACCCAACCAAUUUGACCAUCAUCUCUGAAUUAGGCCGUUAUUAUGUUGCCUCGGCCUUCACCCUAGUCACCAGCGUAAUUGGUAAACAAAUUGAUGAGUAUCAAACUGAGCAAGGUACUCGCACAGAAAUGACAUACCAUUUAAACGAUGGUGUAUACGGAUCAUUUAUUGAUUGCAUUCUCUACGAUCACGUGGUGCCUGAACCUGUACUACUAAACCCUCAUGUAAAUGAACCGAGAUAUCUAUCCCACCUCGCUGGACCAACGUGUGAUAGUAUGGACCUAAUCAGGCGCGAUGUUAUCUUGCCUGAUAUGACCGUGGGCGAUUGGAUGUACAUGGUGAAUAUGGGCGCAUAUACAUUGUCAGUUAUAACCGGGUAUUGCGGUUUCCCUGUGCCCCGUCUCGUGUAUAACGUGUCGGCCCGGGCCAGGAGAGCACUUGCAGUACAAGUGUUGGGUUCA